AUUGAGGUCUUGCCGGCCUUGGCCAGCCUUAGUUCAAGAUCAAUACAGUAAAGCGGUAGAAAUCUAGAGAAUAAUUUUUUGCAGAGAACACAACCCGAUCUGUGGUUUUACAACCAAUCAACUCGGUGUAUGUCUACUAGAGUUCCGAUAAAUCCCGCGUCUAGUUAAUAAAUCAGGCAGCGAAAUCAAUAAAUAAGCUAACUCUAACUCUAGCCGCCAGUUUAUUCCAUACACGGAACCCACCGAGUUCCCAUCCAGCAUCCCCAUGUGGGAUGACUAGUCUAAUUUAAAGUGUGACAAAUCAAACUGGUUUACUAAUCACAGGACAGUUCAAGAGAGCUUUGACGAGGUCAUCAUGUCCAUCAACGGUUCGGCCGUACUACCGGUGGCCUCGUCGCAGCAGCUACUCGAAGAAACGGCCCGUACCGAACUCGGGUCGGACGAUGUCGCGAUCAGCCUGACGGCCGGUUCCAACAAAGGGGACAACUACAUCGGUGUGGUGUUCCGUGCCCGUGCCGAGUGCCGUCGGACGGGGAAACAGUUGAACAUCAUCGCGAAGCUACCCCCGCUGAACGAGGCACGCCGGAAGCAGUUCUUUGCGCGGGCUAGUUUCGAGCGGGAGAUCCUUUUCUAUACCGAGAUCUAUCCGAUGCUGGAGGAAUUUCAGCGGGAAAAAGGUUUGGACACCGCCGAUGGCUGCCAGGCGUUCAAUCAGAUUCCACGCUGCCUCGGGACGUGUUUGGAUGACUGCGAGGAGAUCAUUCUGAUGGGGGAUUUGAAAGAUGCCGGCUUCGAUAUGUUCGAUCGACAUCAGGAGCUAAGCGUGGAUCACUUCCGAAUGGUGGUGAGUGCCUUGGGUCGACUGCAUGCGCUUUCAUUUGCGCUAAAGGAUCAGCGACCGGAACGAUUUGAUCGGUUCAAAGGAAUGGUUGAACUGUUCACUACUCGAGAGCAGGAUGAUAUGAUGGAUCAGUGGUUUAAUAUUUUAAUCGAAAGAACUUUGGGUGCGCUUGAUAGUGAGAAAGAACCGGAAGUGUACGCUAAGACAAAGAAAGCCCUGGACAUUAAGUUUCUGGACGUGAUAAAGGAUCUAACCACAGGGGAAUUCGCCGAACCGUACGCUGUUAUUUGUCACGGUGACUGCUGGAACAAUAACAUGCUGUUCAAGCAUGAGAAAGGAGUACCGGUAGAUUUUCGCCUGCUGGACUGGCAGAUCACCCGGUACGCUUCACCGGUUCUUGAUCUGAUGUACUUCAUCUUCAGUGCAUCGAAUAAAGCCUUCCGGGAUCAGCAUUACGAGAAGCUGAUAGAUCAUUACCACCGGAGCCUGUCGGAUUUCCUGCGCCGGUUGGGAUCCGAUCCGGAACGGCUGUUCCCACGGAAGGCUUUGGAUCAACAAUUACAGCGCUUCGGUCGCUUCGGAUUGAUGAUGGCAGUUAUGAUACUGCCGAUAAUUACGACCCGAAGUGAAGAUGUUCCGGAUCUGGAGGAAAUGGCUGAGAAGAUGGAGAACGGGUUCGACAUCAGCGAAGAGGCGAACAAUUUUCGCUCCGAGGAUACGGAAGCCAACUAUCGGCAGCGGAUGGGCGACUGCUGUCGGGAUAUGGUCCAGCUUGGGUAUAUCUAGGAGAAGGAACAGUAUUUGUUUUGAGUGUUAUUUUUUACCGCACGACAAAGUACAUAUCAACAGACCAAAGGUUCGACAAUAUUAUCUACUUAAUAAAA